AAAAAAUACUUAUACCUAUUAGUUUUUAAUUAGAAUAUUUAAUUAGGAGAACUCAUCUGAUCUAUUUUACGUUUUAAUUCUUCGAUUAUAAGUAGGUAUCAGAGACGCGAUUCAUAGACAAUAUCUUUAAAUUCGCGGUGGCCGGUGAUAGUACCUAUCACAGGAAUUUUAUCAUCUCAAUCUUUAAAAAUUGAAACUAAACAAACAAAACAAAGAAGAGGUAUAAUGUAUUUUUAGGUUCCUUAUAUGGGUUUGCCCUCAAAAUGUGUGGAGUCUAUUUAUACGUAGUUAUUUUAGAGCGAUUUAUUUAUUCCGACAUGUUUGUAGUCAAAAUCGUGACAUUUCGUCAACAUUAUUAAUUAUUAUGUAAUUGCCUACCAGUUGUAUACUUUCAUCCUAUCGCUAGAUAACUGCUUAUGACGGUUUUCGACCAAGUAGUGCAUUAUUUUGACUCCACUUUUACAGUAAAUUUAAUAUUAGGCUGGAAAUUGUUUAGAUCUUCUACUCUAGAAAAUAUUGUAGGAAGAAACCUAACUUUAUAAAUUCUUGGGUUUUCUACUUUUAAUUGGCGAAGAUGGAUCACCCUGUAUAUCGUCAUCGAAGUAACCUAGCCACAAAUCGUGAUCACAGUGAACAUAACCUACUCGUUUGACGUUUCCUAUGAAAGGCCAAAAAAAGUCAAAUAUCUUCCUAUUCUGAUACAGUUACCUAGUAACAUUAAUCAUUAUAUAAAUAGAAGCACUUUACUUAUUUGAAGCCAUGUCAACCACCCAAAUUCAACCACAGGAACUGAAAAAAGUGGUAGAUACGAUACCGAAUCGAAUAAAAACUUUUAAAAUCAUAGUUGUUGGCGAUUCCAACGUUGGAAAGACCUCCUUAACGUACAGAUUUUGUGAAGGUAAAUUCAUCGAAAGUUCAGAAGCGACGAUCGGUGUCGAUUUUAGGGAGAGGACGUUAAAUAUCGAUGGUGAAGACAUUAAAUUGUGGGAUACGGCGGGUCAGGAACGUUUUAGAAAAUCAAUGGUACAACAUUUCUAUCGUAAUGUUCAUGCUGUUGUGGUAGUGUACGAUGUAACAAAUAGAGCGUCUUUUGAUUCAUUAGUCCAUUGGCUUGACGAAUGUGAUCGUAAUUGCUUUACAAACAUACCUAGAAUACUUGUGGGUAAUAAAUGCGACGAAAAAUUAGAAAUUAAUACGAAUCUGGCGCAGAGGUUUGCAGAUCAACACGGCAUGCCUUUAUUCGAAACUUCGGCUCGAUUGGAUUCGCAGUGUGAUAAUGUCGAAGCUAUAUUUUUGACAUUGGCUCAUAAACUAAAAAAUCAAAAACAGCUAAUACCAAUUGAUGUGAUAGGUCGGACUGAAAGACUUAUACGAGCUAAACCAAGUAAUGAUAAUAGCAGCUGGAGUUGUUGUUGAAGAUUGUAAUUGUAUUCUAUUGUAAAGUAUCUAUCCAAAUGUGUUAAGACUUUAUUUUUGCUAUAUAAAAGUAAGUAUUUAAUUGUAUAUAAGAAUAAGUAAAUCAUUUAUUUUUUAUCACUGUG